UGUAUUUAUGAAAUAUUGCUCAAAUAAUAGAAUGUCAACAUUCCAGAUCUGGUAUUUUUAAACAUGUUUUAAUAUACAAAUAGUCUUGAUGCAGAUAAGUUUAUAGCCUGAUGUUCUUUAAUAAUAGUAAUCCAAUCAUUUAAACCUGCACCCUGAAUCAGUUUAUCUUCCUCACCUUAGGUUCACUAACAUUUGCAUGCAAGUGCUCUAUACUCUGUGUGAGUGGUUGAUGAUAAAUAUACAUUUUACUUGAUGUUGGGUGUAUUUUUCCUAAACUACCUACUCAUGUCCUCUGGGUGUCUAGCUUUUCAAGUCAGAGGGCCUUAUUUGGUGUUAUUCCACUAUGGUGCAUCAGUGUUUCCCCUAUAUGUAUUUAGCAGCGGCACAACGCCGCACACUGCACUUUUUUUUUUUAAUUAAAUGACUAAAACCAGGAAUAUAGAAACGAUAAUGGCGCAAUAUAUUUUUGAGAACUAAAAAUCGCCAAAAUAAGGACUAGACAGUUGGAGAAUGUAAAAUAAAAAAAUGUCAUGAUCUAGGGCCCCUUUUGAUUUUGUUUGUAAUUUAGAUAAAUUAGGAACAAUGCAUAAGCCAUUGUAGAAAAUGUAGCUUUAAAACUAAAAUGUUCAUGUCAAAAUGUGUAGAAUUGCAGAACAUUUGUUUUAGAACAGCUACAGGUUCUCUGGCCGAGAGGAGGGCCACUAAAAUGUGCCAUUUGUCAUGCCCACUACCCCCACAUGCUAACUUUGCCACCGCUGUUGGAAACAAAAAUACUGGGGGAAACACUGCAUAGCAUAUUAAAAUCGAAAAACCAUUACUUUGAAACUUUUUGUAAGCCCAUGUCUAUUUUGAUGGUAAUGUCCUUAUCUGCUUUUCAGCCUAAAACACAGAUUUCUUGCGAAACAGGUCAGUUAUAUCUGUAAGUACCCAUUCCCUUACCAUAGUGUGGCUGUAUCUUGCACCGGAUGUACCGUUUAGUAGUAACUAGUUAUUGAAUCUGAAGUAAUGCAUUUUCCAAGAUUUGUACAUUGUUUUGAGUAUUGUAGAGUUAUUCUAAAGUACUUGCUCAAGAUUUGUUACACCAUUUGGUUGCAUACAAAUGUAAUGAAUGUUGAAUGCUGUGGUGUGCCAUUGUUGCCUCUUUCUGUCUGAUGGUGAAGGGGGCUGUUCGGUGGAAACUGGACACAUUUUUACCCCACUCAUUUGGUAAGUAGGAUUUCACAUCGGCUAUGAUGUACAGUGGCUUCAGAAAGUAUUCAUACCCCUUGACUUGUUCCACGUUUGGUUGUUACAGCCUGAAUUCAACGGAUUAAAUAGAUUCUCACCCAUCUACCCACAAUACCCCAUAAUGACAAAGUGAAAUCAUGUUUGAAAAUGAAAUACAUAUGUAUUCAACCCCUUGAGUCAAUCAUUACAUGUUAGAAUCACCUUUGGCAGCCAUUACAGCGCAAGUUUUUUGGGGUAAGUCUCUUAAGAGCUUUCCACACCUGGAUUGUAUUAUAUUAGCAUAUUCUUCAAACUCUGUCAAUUUGGUUGUUGAUCAUUACUAGACAGCCAUUUUCAAGUCUUGUCAUAGAUUUUAAAACAGAUUUAAGUCAACUCUUAACUAGGCCAUUCAGUAACAUUCAAGCAACCCCAGUGUAUAUUUGACCAGAGUUUUAGGUUAUUGUCCUGCUGAAAGCUACAUUUGUCUCCCAGUGUCUUUUGGAAAGCAGACUGAAUCAGGUUUUCAUUUAGGUUUUUUCAUGUGCUUAGCUCUAUUCUGUUUCUUCUUAUCCUAAACUCCCUAGUCCUUGCUGACGACUAGCAUACCCAUAACAUGAUGCAGCCGUCACCACCAUGCUUGAAAAUAUGAAGAGGGGGUAGUCAUUGAUGUGUUGGAUUUGCCCAAAACAUAACAAUUUGUAUUCAGGACAUAAAGUACAUUUCUUUGCCACGUCUUUUAUGCUGUACAGGCUUCCUUUUCACUCUCAUUUAGGUUAGUAUUAUGGAGUAACUACAAUGUUGAUCAAUCAUCAGUUUUCGAUCACAACCAUUAAACUCAAAUGUACCUUUUAUUUUGAAUUUGCAGAACCAUCUCAUCUUUGCAUAUAAAUAUUUUGUGUCAUUUUGUAAUGGUGGGCGUGGCCUCAUGGUGAAAUCCCUGGACGGUUUCCUCUCCGUAGUGACUGGGUGUAUUGUGUGGUAGAAAUUCUAAUCGAUGAGAGACGAGGUCAAUCACCAAUCAGGACAUUACUUUAUUCAAAAUGUAUUAAUAAGGAAAGCAUAGAGUCAUUGCUUCUAUAAUGAUGAGGCUGGUCGGCUCAACACUUCCAAGUGUUGUGGCGAGUAGCUCUGACAUACGAAGAAUACAUAUCUUUUAUAGAAAAGAUACGCCCUUUUAGUCUUCCUGACAAACAGAUGCAUGGAAUGGGUCACAGGGUGAAACUUGAUAUAUGAGAAAGGAGUAUCCCGCCAGAUAGCAUUUGCUUUGAAGACUGUUCUUAUUUAGUCUGGCCCCUAAGACGAGGCUCUGAUCUCGUUCCUGGUACUUCAAAGCACAGAAACACCCAUUAAUUCUAUGGCAUAACUCAAUUGUCAACUCCAGAUACUUCCAUCUCAAGUAAAACCCGUUCUUGACCACACGCCUGGACACUAAGGGGAGUGAGCCUCUAGGUCAUACACUCCCCCAGGACAGGUGCAACAUCAGAGAUGACAUACAAUGGUUCCAGACACUACCCCACAUCUUUUCUCAGACCUUAUCUCCCCCAAGGAGGGAGUGACUGGCUCACAGACAUUGUGGAGACAAGUGGUUCCCCAUCAAUUACGCCAUCCCUUCACAUGGUUUAGAAUAGGUAAAGACACAUUCACAUAUGAAGACAAUGCUCCCUCCUGUCCUCUUCUCUUUCUGAUAUUCUGCAUAGCACUAGCGGCAUUUGAAAGACGAGCCUGACUUCUCCCCUCUCUGGGCCCCAGCUGAGGGAGGAAGUGCAACUACCAACACCAGAGUCCAAAGGGAUACAUUCUAAUAACAAGCAUAUCAUAUAAGCGUAUUAUGCAGAUAAGACAUCUUAAUUAUCUAUGUUACCUAACUCAUUCUGAGUCUUCCACCACAAUUGAUAUACCAUCCAAGUGUUAUAACUUCACCAUGCCCAAAGGGAUAUUCAAUGUCUGCUUUUUAUUUGAAUUGUACCCACCUACCAAUAGAUACCCUUUGCGAGGCAUUUGAAAAUCGCCCUGGUCUUUGUGGCGAAUCUGUUUUGUAAUUCACUGCUCGGCUCGGGGACCUUUUUAUCUGUAUGUGUGGGGUACAGUAAUGAGGUAGUUAUUCAAAUCAUGUUAAGCACUAUUAUUGCACACAGUUAGUCCAUACAACUUUUAUUGUGACUUAAGCUAAUUUUUACUCCUAAAUGUAUUUAGGCUUGCCAUAACAAAGGGGUUGAAUACUUUUUGAUUCAAGACGUUUCAGCUUUACAUUUAAUUAAUUUGUAAAAUUCGAAAUAACAAUUCCACUUAAACAUUGUGCGGUAUUGUGUAAGCCAGUGACACAAUCUCAAUUUAAUCAAUUUUUAAAUUCUGGCUGUAACACAAAGUAGAAAAAGUCAAGGGGUGUGAGUACUUUUGGAAGGCACUGCACAUGGCUGUUGUAAAAUAAUGAUUGACAAGUUCAUUUGAAAACAUUCCCAGACCAUAUUACAGUAAUGUUAAAAAAAAAAGUUAUGAUCAUUGUUUACAGAUUAAUAGGUUAUUCAUACUUAUGGAUUAUAGUAUUUGGCCUGUUGGAUGUCGUCGUCAACACUCGUCCGAACUCCUCUUCCAACUUUCGCAACAAUGCUCAAAACUGUCUUGAUGUGCUGCUGUCAUUAAUACUUAAAACUGUUACUCGGAUUAGCUUCACCAUUAUAAUUCAGUUCUCCCCAGUUUUAUAGUCAACAUGCAUCCUAUGACGUUCUUUUAAAGGGAACAUUGGCCUGUUUGUUCAUUAACUAUACAUUUCACAUAAAACAAAUAGACAUGUUAUUUCACAAGACAAUGUAGGCAGUAUCACAGUUUCUCUCCACUUGCUGAUGUGCAUAAAUGUAUCCUAAUGUACAAAUCCAAAUGCUUUGUAUCAAAACACACUAUUAUAAGAAUAAAUCAUGUGUAUUGUGUACAAUUUUCACUGUCUGUUUUUUCAAGCCUAUCUUGUUAAGAACCCAUUUUAUAUCAGGAACAGGACAGGUCUGAACCAUCUUUGUAAGAGGACCACUAGAUAGUCUUGGGUUGUGAACUUGACUUUCUCAAGUAACUGUUUGCAAUAUCUCCCACGACGUUACAGUGAAUAGUUGGUCAUUUGUGGUAUGUUGUAACUUAUAUCAGAACAUUUUAUAAACCUUAAACAACUUCAAAGUAACUAAUGUUUUGAUACCUAAAUAUAUUCUCUUAUUAGCAGUAUUUGGCUGAAAUUGACAGAUUCUUGCAGCUUUACAACUGGCUAAAUACUCAGUAUUUUAUACUCUUAGUAUAAGGUCAACACACUUUCUGUCUGGCUUCAGUAUUUUGUAUUUGCAGAACCCUCAUCUUUACAGAUAAAUAUUUUGUAGUAAUUAUGUAAAGGUGGGUGUGGCUUUUUGCUGUGACACGUGUGAGUAGUUAACAAACAACUCUUCCUGUUAUGGUUUGAGGUGGAGAGGUUCCUGUAGCUAGUCACCAAUUUCCCCUCAUCUGGCUGAGACCCCCCCCCCCCCUCAGUCAAGUGAGUCACACAACAAUUCUAGUUUAAUACAGACACUUAUGUCUGAGGCUCACUGCAUGCUGCUCAGUGUGUGAUAGCAUCAUCAUAUAAGAACAAGGGAAGUCAUGACUCUUCAUCUGACAGGUGUUUGGCUGUUGCUCAUCACACAUACAGUGUUGGUGUUCUGUGAUAUGGAAUUCCUGGGGAGAACGCAGGGUGACUCUGUAGAGUUCUACUGUAUCUCUGAGUUCAAUGCCUCCAGGCCCAUUGGGCUCUACCUGAAACGCAAGUGGCUGCAGCCCAACCAAGAGGUCCUGUUCAUGUAUACUGAACAAAAGCCUUCGUUUUACGAUGACGUCAAAGAGCGCAUCCAUGUCACGGGAGACCCGAGUACUCACCGGGUCAACGUGACCAUCAACCAGCUGAACGGAACAGACACAGACCUCUACUACUGUGAGUUUGUCUUCCCCGAUGCCUCCAGCGUCGAUCAAAAGAUUCCAAGCAAUAUGGAGUUCUUUCUGUACGUCGACAAUGUUGGUGUUAGGUGUAGCUGUACUGGUUACACUCCACUGCUCUAUGCCCUUUCUGCUGUUGUGGGGCUGUUACUCAUCUUCCUUAUGGCCCUGGGAGUGGCUCAUUAUGGUAAGACCCGAGGAGACUGUGUCAAACCGCAGCCCCACCAGGCUUCCACCUACGAGGAGAUGGUUGGGGUGCGGCCCCCCAACCGGAAUGGAAAAGUGUCUCCCUCUUACCCCCGGAGGCCCCCCCUGCAUCUGGAGGAAAUGGAUGCUUCUGCCUAUGAAAACCCCCCUCUGAGUUCUCGACAGGAAAACCACUACGAGAGGCCCGAAGAGUCACCGCUAGUAUCUGAAACUGCUGGGGAGAUGUGAGGAACAAGUCCACAGGGAACUGUCGUUCUUGCCAAUCAUGGAGAUUGAUCCUGUGCUGGAAACAGACAAGAAUCAUGGACUUACAAAAUACCAAUUUAUACCUGGUGCUAACAUCCCGUCCUUUGUCUACGUUCUGAGACAGAUGUCGACUAUUAAAUGCAUUGUGAUCAGAUCUUCCUGACCUCAGAAUAUAGUCAGGUAAAUUGUCUUGAUAUCAAGUGUAGACUGAUAUAACCAUUAUAGCGUCAAGAUGUCUCAAUAUUUUGAAUACCGGAUGGGACCAGGAAACCUGGUCUUAAUGCAGACUGUGGAAUGGCUAAUAUGUGGACAAGCUCCAGGACAAAGGACACAUGCUCGCAUCAGGUAUAAAAGGGGCUAGAGAGCAACAGGGUGCCUUUCCACAUUGGUUAAUACAGAUCAUUUCUGAUAUGUAGCAUGGUCAGUCAGUGGGAUGGUCCCAUGGUGUGCUGAACCACAGCAUGGCUUCAAAAUCUAAUUGUAUUUGUCACAUGUGCUGAAUACAACAGGUGUAGACCUGACAGUGAAAUGCUUUACUUACAAGCCCUUAAGAAAAGUUAAGCAUAUAGAAAAAUGAAGAGCAACAAAGUGAGGCUAUACACAGGGGGUACCGGUACACAGUCAAUGUGCGGGGGUACAGGUAAUAUGUAAGCGACUAUGCAGUUAAAUUGGAUGUAAAAGCUGUAAUGUCCUUUUGUGAUUUGCAAAUUCUGAGAACUCACUGACCUGAAAAAAAGCACAAUAGAGAUUUAACUCAACAGCUUACUGUAAAAAAUAAAUUUAUAACAAGGGGUGCCUCCAGUGUAAAGUGGA